AUGGAUGGGCAGGAGCUUAUGCGAAGAAAUCUCAAGCGGCAUGAAACGCCUGAAAAGGAAUUGUUGGUACGAAAUCUUCUGUCACAAUGCGAAGGCGCAUUUGUGGUUCGCUAUUCGGAAUCGAAACGACGAUGUUUGGCGUUGAGCGUUCGUGUACCACCAACACACAAUCCAGCUUGUAUCUCGCAUUAUUUGAUUAUCAGAAAUCAAAAUGGAUAUAGAAUUAAGGUAAGGUAGAG